AUGUUACAGACAUUUCGACACGGGUUCCCGUUCUCCCCCACAGCGCUAGCAUGGGACCCCAUACAGAAGCUACUAGCGAUCGGCGACAAAGGCGGCAACCUCAGAAUAUUAGGUGGUCCAGGGGUCGAUGCUCACGUACGGCACGAAACCGGGGAAGCCGUCCUGCACGUCAAGUUCCUCAUCAACGAAGGCGCCCUGGUCACAGCCACAGCGGAUGAUCAACUCCACCUUUGGACUUUUCGCCAGAAAUCCACUCAACGGGUCCAGUCACUCAAAUUUCAAAGAGAACGAUAUCCCAUCAAACUAUCACGACAGACCAAAGAACUGAAAGGCAUCACCUGCCUGCACCUGCCACUCCAGUCCAAAUGGAUCCACGUGGGCACGGAGCGCGGCAACGUGCACGUGGUCAACCUAGAGACCUUCGCGCUCAGCGGGUACGUCAUCAACUGGAACAAAGCCAUCGAAGUGACGCGGCCCAACCACCCCGGCGCCGUGGUCGACGUCAGCGAGAACCCUCUCGACGCCAGCAAAUUAGUAAUCGCAUUUGAAAGCGGUCUGGUUGUGGUGUGGGACCUGAGAUCGCGAAUGGCGGAGUGGAGAGGAACCCUAGGCACGGGCGGGCCGGGGGACGCGGUGCGGGCUGCAGCAUGGCAGCAUGAUGGGAAGCUGAUGACUGCUCAUGCUGAUGGGGCGCUGGCUACCUGGAGCAUGCGGGCUCCGAGACCCAUGUCUUUGUCAUAUCCACAUGCAAAAGCAAAUAAGGACGGGAAACCGGAACCAUGCAAACCUAUCCUUAGACUGGAGUGGAAAACAUCGAGGACGGGCGAGAGCCUGGUUAUGUUCUCUGGCGGGCUGCCCACGGACAAGGCGGGGCGCACGCACAGCAUCACCGUGCUCAACGGCAAGAGCACCACCGUGCUGGAGAUGGAGCACAGCGUCGUGGACUUCGUCACACUCUGCGAGAGUCCCCAUGCUGCGGAUUACCAAGAGCCGUACGCGAUAGUGGUGCUCCUGCAGAACGACCUGGUGGUGAUCGACCUGCUGUCGCCCGGCUACCCCUGCUUCGAGAACCCCUACCCCAUGGACAUACACGAGUCGCCCGUCACUUGCUGUUGCUACUUCGCUGAUUGCCCCUCGGAUUUAAUUCCAGCAUUCUACUCGGUCGGUCGGCAAGCGAACAAGAAGGCAGCCGGUUUCAGCGAGAAGCUUUGGCCGAUCAACGGCGGCGAGUGGGCGCCGGCCUCGUGCUCCUAUAGUGAAAUCAUACUUACUGGGCACGCAGACGGUAGUGUUAAGUUUUGGGACGCGAGCGCAGGGACCUUACAAGUUUUGUACAAAUUAAAAUGUUCUAAAGUGUUCGAGCGGCGCGGCGGGGCCGGGGGCGGGGGUGCGGGCGGGGGCGGGGGCGGGGGCGGCGCGUGGGAGGAGGACGCGCCGCUGGCCAUCCAGCAGGCGGCGCUGUGCGCGGAGUCGCGGCGGCUGUGCGUGGCGCUGCCGCACGGACACGUCGUGCUCUUCAAGUUCCGCAAGACCGAAGUGCACGCGGAGACGCAUGUGGUAGAAAUCCCAGUAAUAACGGACGCGGUGGAAGAGGAGACCUCCCCCGAGGCGGAGGGCAGCCGCUCCGCCUCCUUCAGCCGCGGCGGCGAUGGCGUGGAGGGCGAAGGGAGACGGUGCGGGCCGUGGGCGGGCAGCGCGCUGCGCGUGCGCGGCGGCGCGGGCUCGGGCGGCGCGCGGCGCGCGGCCGGCUUCCAGGCCGCGCUGGUGGCGCUGCAGCUGGGCGCGCCGCACCCCGUCACCGCGCUCACGCUCAACUCCUCCUACGGCCUCAUGGCGUGGGGCGGCGAGCGCGGCGUGGUGGUGGUGGACGUGUUCCGGCGCAGCGUGGUGGCGGCGCUGCCGGCGCACGCGCUGUACCUGCCGCCCGAGCCGCACGCCCACGCCCAGGCCCAGGCCCACGCGCGCCACGACCGGCGCUCGCCGGACCUCGACCAGUUGGAGGAGACCCCGGCCAGUCCCGAGCCCGCCGAGGAAGCGCUCCCUGACUCCAAGCUCGAUACGCGACGCAAAUCGACACCCUGGAAGACUUUCAACUUGAAACGACAACUCUCCAAAGUUGAUCUGAAAUUAAAAGCUGCCUUCGGUCCUCCGGAAAAUGAAGAAAUAAAUGAAAAAGGCAACUCUCAAUUCUAUUGUGAAACUGCUGAAACAGAAGCAGCAAUAGAGUCCAACACAGACUCACCUGAUGGUGACGAGAAGGUUAUUGAAGAAGAUAAAAGUCAGCUCUCAUCACCUUUGCGCGUUUGUUCAGAUGUUUUUGAACGAAUGCAUCGAGAGCUACAAGAGAAACGUUCCUCAGAUGUCUAUGAUAGAAUGCAUAAAGAACUUCAAGAAAGAUGGCAAGACAAGGAUAGGAGCGAUCCAUCUCCCGAUAUAUCGCCGUCCAAAAUAGGAGAUGACGAAAAAGCUACAAGGCCUGAUAAUUUGCCACUUUUCGAUGAGGACGGGAAACCCAUGCGACCGCCCCGUUCCAAGAGCAAGAGAAGCGACAGUGAAAAAAAUCAAAGAGAUCAGAGGUUACUCUCCGUGCCAAAUAUUAAAUACAACAAGCAAGAGUCCGUAAGAGACUUGCGGAAGAAGCAAGCUCCGCAACAAUCGCAGUCGUUUGCGGGGAACUUAAUGCGGCGUUUCAGAGAGUUUGUAGCUACACUUUGUACGAGAAACGAACAAAAUGUCGAAGAAGAAACAAUCGAGCAAGUAAUAGAAGUACCCGCCAGAAUAGGUAUGGAUCCAGAUCAGAUCACGGCACAACACACAAAC